ACUGAAAGUCAUCAUGUUUCGGCUCGAGUCAAGAGUAGCGGGUCCAUAAACAGCGUGUACUCGCACGAUAAAAUUUUUGGAAAUCAGAUGGAUUGGAAGGUUUCAAGCGUUUGGCAUUUCUUUUGCCAUGGUUGAUACAGCUAGGAAGCAAACAUUGAAAAGCGCUGGACUGAGUGUUAAUAUGGCAGGAAAGGUAACAACGGAGGGAAAUUCGAUUGUUGUUUCGUCGGGGAGUACCAAGACGGUAGUAGGAUCACCGACCAGUGAAGGAGUGCGAGACGACCGCAGUUGGAAAGCCUACGUUUCGCAGAUCGAUUCUCCGAUAUCAUCUUCCUUACUGGUGAACGGAGAGGACUUAAACAUGGCGUCGAAUCUUGGAUUCUUGUACGAUUACUACGAGGUCACUGAGGAAUCAAACCAGGCUCCCCCUUCGCCACCAAACCAGGGAUCUGGAGGAUCAGCAGGUCAAGGAAAUUCAUCUUCAGGGAAUAAUCAUUCCCAAAGUGGAAAUAGUGAUUCAGAUUCAGGCAGUCCUGCUCAGUCAGAGCAAGCUACACUCAGCUUUCUGCAAGCAGUGCAACAAAUAAAAAGUCCAAAACACAGUACACCGUUAGUCCAAGGUGACCAUGGUAACCACCAUGUUAAUCUAAAACAGGAAAAAGUGACCUCAAGUGUUAAGGCACUUGCUAUUGGUCAGCAGAUUAAAGUGCAGCCAAGCUCGUCAAGUUGUAGCCAUACCCCUAUUCCCAUUGGUCGCCCUUCAUCAUACCCACCUUCCAGUAAAGGAACACCACAAGUCAGUGAUGUGUCGCCACUUUCACUUAGCACCACUCCCCCUGAGGCCUUUAACUUCUCUCCGUACACCCAGUCACUAAAAUCCACACCAACUGUCUUCUCUGCUCAAGACAAGUAUACAUUCAUUCUUGAGGCACCAACGUCUAUCAUUCAAAGAAGAGGAGACGAUACAUUAACAUAUCUCAACAAAGGACAAUUUUACGCUAUAGGCUUUGAGGGUAAUGUGGAUCCUGCAACAACUGAUGGUGAAAUCCAAAGAGUAAAGUCUUACGUACAUCUGGUUUUUCGUGAUGAGAAGGAUCCCAGGACUGAAUGUGAACACUGGCAAUACUGGCACAGUCAGCAACCAAAUCCUCAACAACGAGCAUUUGAUAUUGAUCGCAAAUCUUGCCAAAACAUAGAGGAGAAUAUAGAUGAGAUAUCUUACAAUGCAGCAGGGUUUACAUGGAGUCCUCACUUGAAUGCCAAGAUAGUCAUCAGGAUUAACUGCUUGAGUACUGACUUCUCCUCUCAGAAAGGAGUCAAGGGAAUUCCACUGCAUCUUCAGAUAGAUACUUAUGAAGAUUUAACUAAUCCUGAUGCAGAGCCAGUGCAUAGGACCUUUUGUCAGAUUAAAGUGUUCCGUGACAAAGGUGCAGAAAGAAAGAACAAAGAUGAAUCCAAGAGUGCAGAAAAAAGGAUUCAGAAAUGGGUGAAGCAAAAUACUUCAUCUUGUGCUGAUCCUAACAUGGUUUCUCCUACAAGUCUCUUCCAUCCUCCCAGUAAAUACACGCAGCUGCAAACAACCACUCCUUUAGGCCCUAAGCCUGUUCUUUUUACUCCGACUGUACAUAGUGCACAUGGUGCAUCUUUUGAGGAGUCAUCGUUGCAGACCUUGUCCCUUUUGGCAUCCAUUAAGGAUAGAGAAAACAAGAGAACACUACAGUCUCAUUUAGUCAUGGCUAAGGAUGAACUUGCUGAUUUAGAGGUCGUUCCUAGAUUAAAAGUGCAAAAAAUCCACAGACCUAACAGGCCAGCUGUUACCAUAUAUGUAAAGAAAGAGGAGGAAAAGGUUUAUAAUGCACUGAUGCUUGACAGCUUAACAGUUGGAGAUAUGGUUGAGGCAGUUGCCAGUAAAUAUGGCAUGCCACCAGAAAUGAUAAAGAAUGUGUACAAGAAGACUAAGAAGGGUAUCCUUGUAAACAUGGAUGACCGCAUGAUUGAGCAGUUUGUUGAUGAAGAUGAUUUCAUCAUUAACUUAGACUUCGAUAAUCAACUUGGACACUUCGAGUUAACUUUGCAGUACUGAAAAAUUUCCUGUCCAUAACAACUAGGUACCACAGUUACCUAGGAAACAUACAUUUCCAUUAAUGUUGAAGUGACAGUACACCCUUCAGAGUUUUAUUUAAAUGAUUAUAAAACUAGAAGUAUUUGUUAACCCUGAAGUUUAUUAUUUUGUUGCUAUUCUAAAUCUAGCCCUAGGAUUUCACAGUAAUGGUCAUGUCCAGUUUCAUGUCAGUACCAUUAUCCAGAAACGACAGAACCAAAAAGCGUCUCCUGUUGACCUAUUUGGUCUCACUAAUCAAUAUUCAAUUUGUAUGAUUUUGUUUUUGUUUCACUCUGAUUCUAAUUAACAAGUGAAGUAAAUGUUUAACUAUGACUACAGUAAGUAUACAUGUAAGUAACUAAAUAAUUCCAAGUGCAUUUUGGAAUAAAUAAGCACCAGUAAAUUUUUCAGUAGUCUUUAAAAAAUUCACAAGUGCUUAUUCAUUGCAAAUUGCACAAGAACUUGUUAGUAAUAUACAUGCAAUUUAAUUUCAGCUUUCCGCCCUCAAUUUUAACUUUUUUGCAGUCAAUUUCAACUUUCUUCACUGUUCAGGAGUCACCACUGUAAUUGAUGUGUUCUUAGGCAGUUGGGAUGUUGAAAUUUUUGCAAUGUGUGUUGUUGUAAUACAUGUAUAUGACACAAAAAUUGUGAGUGCACUCCAUUCAAUGAAAAAUUCUGGUUUGAAUUCCCAGAAAUUUCCAGUGAUAAACGAAACAGCAUUUUCCAUAAUUUCUGGAAAUGGGGACAUGGGGUAUACCAAACUUUCCAGAAAUUUCUUACUGGGAAUUUCCAUUCCAUUUGGCUUUCCUCUUAGAAUUUUCAGAAUUUCCAGAAUUCCCAAGAAUGGUCUUUUUGGAAAUUGAACAAUUUCUGGAAAUUUUCCCAGGAAAUGUCUGCACCAUUUGUUCCUGUUUUGAAAUUUUUGACCGUACGUGAUUGCUAUCUUGUAUCCAUCCCAAAGUGGAAUGUCAUCUGGGCUUGAUCAAUACAAGAUGGUGAACAAGUCGUUGAUAGAGGAUAAUAUACCACAAUCCCAGGCAAUCCUUUUUGAUUUUUGAUUUCUUGUGGCCUCCACAGCAAAGAAAAAGUAUAAGGAUUUCAACUUUUUGCAAAAUUAAUAAAAGAAUUCAAACAUUCAGGUAGAGGUAAUUUUGUAUUCACUUUGAAGCCAAUAUACAGAGUACAUCACUUCAUUAAACCUAUCACACCAUGUUAUGGUUCUUGUAAAUUUUGGUACUUUUUCAUCAGAUCAUAAAAAAAUAAUAAUAAUAAUGUAACUGAAGUUAUUGGUAGGAAAUGGUCUUACACCCUUUCAUGUAAUGCUAAAUUCUUGAAUUUAGUUGUAAUUCUGUGAUGAAGGAAGUGCAAUUAAGACCAGUGUUAAGAAAACAGAAAUUGA